CCUGUAAUUGGGGAAUCAGGGUACCUGGGGCUGUCACUUGAAAGGCUGAGGCGGGGCAGAGGAGGGAACUGGACCGGUGAUUGGUUGCUUUACACAGAGAAGGCCGGAGGGCACCCGGGUUGGUGCUGAGGGACACCAUAAAGGACUCUUAUUGGCCAAGAGAUCACUCCUCUUCCCUGAGAGCGGCUCCGCCUCCUCCGGUUCCAAAAUCUGGUCGUGGUGAGUCGGCAUCUGCAUCGGGCUUCUCAGCUCUUGGAAACGUCCUCCGCCGCAGGCGGUCGGAGGGGGAUGAGGGCCCCGGAGAGAAGGCUGAGCGCCGGGAUCGGGCGGCCACUGGAAGGGCGUCCGGUGACCUUCCGCGACGUGUCGGUGGACUUCACGUGGGAGGAGUGGAGGCGGCUGAGCGGCGCUCAGAGGAGCCUCUACCGGGAGGUGAUGCUGGAGACCUACGAGAACCUGGUCUCUGUGGAUUACCUGAGUUGGGAGCCGAGGUAUGAAGCCAAGGAUUCAGUUUUGACUGAGGGCAUUUGCCCAGAAACAUUGACCCAAGAAAGAUUGCCAGUGGAUAGUAACUGGUAUUCCAAGGUAGGGGAGUCUGAGGAAUGGGAAGUUAGAUUAGAGAGACAAGAAGACCACCAGGAGAGACAGUCUCCACAGGUAACAGUGACUCUUGAUAGUACAUUUAACAUGGUGAGUGUACCUGAAUGUGGUAGGUUUGUUAGCCAUUUUAAUGUGGAGCCUUUUUUCCCCCCACAUUGGAGAGGUGACAUGGAAGAAAGAUUCCAUAAAUCCAAUACAUUUGAAAAGAAAGCCUUUGGCAAGAAAUCAAAUCUUAAUGAGCACCAGAAAAUGGAUCCUGGAGAAAACCCUUUUGAAUGUGAUGUAUGUUGGAAAACUUUCUGGGAUAGGGAAACAUUCAGUAAACAUCAGAGAACUCACACUGGAGUGAAAUUGUUUGAAUUUAAUGAAUGUGAAAAAAGCCUCCCUGAUGGAGAAACACUUAUUGGACAUCAGAAAUCUCCUCCUGGAGCAAAACCCUUUGAAUGUAGUGAGUGUGGAAAAUUAUUAUCUUCCAGGAAGACCCUUACUUACCAUCAGAGAAUCCACACUGGAGUGAAACCUUUUGAAUGUGAUAUAUGUGGAAUAGGCUUUAUGCGAAAGGAAUACCUAAUUAGCCACCAGAGAAUUCACACUGGAGUGAAACCAUUUCAAUGUAAAGAAUGCGGUAAAGCCUUCUUUCAGAAGGGAAAUCUCAAUAGUCAUCAGAGAAUUCACACUGGAGUGAAACCCUUUGAAUGCAGUGAAUGUGGAAAAGCCUUCUUUCAGAAGGGAAAUCUCAAUAGGCACCAGAGAACUCAUACUGGAGCAAAAAUCUUGGAGUGUAAUGAAUGUGGGAAAGCCUUAACAACGAGGAGAACCCUUAUUAGCCAUCAGAGAAUCCAUCCUGGACUGAAACCUUUUGACUGUAAAGUGUGUGGGAAAGCCUUCUUUCGGAGGGGCAACCUUUAUAGGCAUCAGACAACUCAUACAGGAGUGAAACCUUUUAAAUGUAAUGAAUGUGGGAAAGCCUUCCGUCAAAAGGGACAACUUAAUAGUCAUCAAGGAACUCAUACAGGAGUGAAACCUUUUGAAUGUAAUGAAUGUGGGAAAGCCUUCUUUCGGAAGGCACACCUGAACAGGCACCAGAGAAUUCACACUGGAGUGAAACCCUUUGAAUGUAAAGAAUGUGGCAAAGCCUUCAGUGAGAAGACAUACCUUAUUAACCAUGAGAGAACUCAUACUGGAAUGAAAUCUUUUGGAAUGUGAAAUAUGUAGAAAAGACUUCAUAUGGAAGGAAAACUUCAUUAGCCAUCGGAGAAUCCACACUGGAGUGAGAUCCUUUGAAUGUAAUGAAUGUGGGAAAACCUUCACCACAAAGACAUCUCUUAUCAACCAAUUAGAAGAUCCACACCUAAGUGAAACGUUUUGAAUAUAAUGAUGUUGAAAAGCCUUCACUUGGAAGAGAUCCCUUAUUAGCCAUUGGAAAAUCUGUAAUGGAAUAAAACCCAUGGAAUGUAAAGAAUAUCUGAAAGGAAAGCCUUCAGUGAGAAGGUACAACAUUAUUCCAGAGAGAACUUAGACUGCAAUGGAAGCCUUUCGAUAUGAUAUGUGGAAAAGAUUUUGAAGGAUUACCUUAUUAUCCACCAGAGAAUCCACGAUGGAGUGAAACUCUUUAGAUAUAGUGAAGUCAGGACACUUUAAGCAGUGAUGUUGGAGUGAAAACUUUUGAAUGCAGUGAAUGCAGGGAAAACCUUCAUCGACAGAAGAACUUUACUAAGCAUCAACACUCAUACUAAAGUGAAUAAACAUGGCAAUACUUUUGGCUAGAGAAAACUUUUCCAAUAUAAGAGAAUUCAUCCUGGGGAUAAGCUUUUUGCAAGUCAAUAUGAAUAUAUAAUUAUUUAAAUAUAACAAAUAAAUAAGUUGAGAGUGUAAUCUCUGAUCAUUUGUAGUUUCUUGAGUAAAAUACGUAACAUUGACUUUCACAAGCAAAAUAGUUUUGUCUCCGUCACCUUUUGAAAUUGGAAUGUCUGAUGUUCCUGUUUUCAUAGAGUGCAUGUUCUUGCUCUGUUUUAAUUAUCCUGCAUCAUCUCAUGUAAACAACAACAGGCAAGAGGAUCAGGAAAUCUCAAUGUGAAGCAAAUUUGAUCCCAGAGUUAUCCCCAAGACUUGUUUGGAUGAUGCCCAUGGAGGGCAUUUGGCUCUGGAUGUGUAUAACUUAACCAAUGCAGAAUGGGUCAAAGUGAGCUAUGGUGUGUACUUAUGGGAGUGAACGCUGGAAACUGGGUGGGGAAGCAAGGCAGAGAGCAUGUAGGUGGAGGUCAUGGGAAAGAUGAGAUGGGGACAGUUCUGUCUUCAGAGCCCGCUGACUGGAAAGAGAAAAGAGAUGAGUGCUUCAGGAGAAUAAUUUUGCAUUCUGAUAAGAGAGAAUGAAUAGAAAGAAGCAAAGAUUUAUCAAGUGCUGACUGUGUGCCAAAUUCACUUGGGCAAAAAAGCAAAGGGAAAUUCUGUGUCAUCCAGCAGCUCAUAUUGUGUUUGGGGGAGCCUAUAUAUAAAGGAAGAUGGAACUCCUGGGGGAUGGUGGGUUUUAUGAUGUUUUUCCAGAUUAUGUGUAGUUACAGUUUUUCAUAAUCAUUUUCUGGCACUUUGUGAUCCAUGUUCUCUUCCUCCCUCCCUGACCCAGUAGAUAUACGAUAUAGAUUGUACAUGUCUUGUCCCAUUAGGAAAGCAGACACAUUUUGCUUACACUAGGGAAAAAUCUCAUGAAGGAAAUGAAGAAUGGCACGCGUCAGUCUGCAUUCAGACUGUAACUUCCUUCUAGAACAGUGGCCAAUCUUUGUCGUCCUGGUUCCCUGCAUUGCUGAUGGUUAAAUCUGUCCCAGCUGAUCAUUGGGCUUUAUCGUUAUGGUGUACAGUGCUCCACUGAGUCUGCUCACUACUUUGUAUCUCUUCAUAUAAAUCCAGGGUUUUUGUGAUCAUCCCAUUCAUUUCUAAUGACAUGGUAGUAUUCCAUUACGAUCAUGUACCACAGCUCGUUCAGCCAUUCCCUAACUGAUGAGCAUCCCUUCGGUGUCCAGUUCUUUGUCACCACAAAAAGAGCUGCUCUAAAUCUUUUGGUACAGGUAGGUGCUGUUCUGCCGUCUCUAAUCUCUUUGGGAAGCAGACCUAGUGCUGGUCUCGCUGGGUUAAAGGGUGUGCACAGUUUAAUGGCCCUUUGGAUAGGGUUCCAAAUUGCUCUCCAGCAUGGUUCUAUCAGUUCACAGCUCCACCAACAGUAUAUUAGUGUCCACAAUGUGACCAUAUUCCUUUUAUGGUCAUAUUAGCCAUUUUGAUAGAGGUUAGCUAGUCCUGCAGAGUUGUUUUAAUUUGCAUUUCUUACUCGAUCUAGAACAUUUUUAUAUGGCUAAUAGUUUUGAUUUCUUUAUCUAAGAACUGCCUGUUCCUGUCAGUUGACCAUUUACCAGUUGGGAAUGCCGCGGAUUCUGAGAAAUUUGAUUCGGUUCUCUGGGUAUUUGAGAAAUGAGGUUGCUACAAAGCUUUCCCCAUUUUUUUCGUUUCCCUUCUAAUCUUGGUUGUACUGGUUAUGUUUGUACAAAAGCUUUAAUGUAGUCAAAGUGAUCUAUUUUAUCCAGUGGGGGGAUGAUAAUGACUGCUUCUCUACAUACAGGGUUUAGAGGCUGAUUAGGGGGCAAAGCCCUAUGGUAGUUAGGGGCAUCAUCCAUGCAGAUGGCAGGGUCUGGUGGGUAUAGUAUCAUUGCAGAGGUAAGGCUAAGACUUUCCUCUUGCCCAAAAGAUUCUCAUUGGUACCUCCUUUCCCAGCCAGGAGCUGCAGCGGAAGGAAGAGCCCAAGGGUCAGUGGAGAGUAGGAACUUUGGACCAGAGACUUGUAAUAGUGAUAGGGGCUGCCAUUUUCCAGCUGUUGUGGGCUUCUCCUGCUACAAGCAUAAAUACCCGCCAUGUCCUAAUCCUAACUUCCUUCAUCCAAGAUGUCGAAAAGCCAACAAGGAAAAAUUCUGUCCUGGAGAUGGUACCCUCUCCUACAUUUCAAAUGAUGGGCAGGUCCUGGGUAAACAACCGUUACUUCCUAGACAGCUAUUAUUACUAUUCCUCUUUCACUGAUCAGGACACAGGCUAGCAAAGGUUAAUUGACUUGCCCUGGAUUACCCAGUUGUAACAGAUUUAGUCAGGAGUUGUACUUAUGUUUCCUACCUGAAGGCCAACAUUCUGCUGUUGAAGAGAAAAGCCAAAAUGGCCAGGAUCAAAAAUGUAAAAGUAGGCAUCACAAGAAAUAUGCACUCCAACUUCAACAGUGUAAAUGGAAAGGACAACUCCAAAACCCUGAAAAGAUGAGAGAACAAGCCCAGUCCAGCCUUUCAGAAGGUGGGGGUCCACAAAUGCUAUGCAUUGCAUGUGUUCUGACUCUUUCUACUGUGUCUUGGUUGUGAGAAUAAAGAAUAUUAGAAGUGAUUUUGUCUAACUAGAUGCAGCUUAAACAUAGAACUCCUCCAUGUUUCUAUAGUCCAGAUUUGACUUUAACAUACAUGUCAUUCUUAACAUUCAGUAUCCAGAAACGUCUCAUCCAUUUGAAAUUUUUAAAAAAUAAAUUGUUACUUCCUUGUAGUUUUUUAAAAACCAGUUACAUGUAAUAACAAUCUUCCCACAAGUUUUCUGAAGUUAUAAGAUCCAAAUUGUCUCUCUCCCUUCCCUCCUCUUCCUUCCCAGAGAUGGUAAGCAAUUUGAUCUGGAUUAUACAUGUAUUAUCAUGCAAAACAUUCCCAUAUUAUUCAUUGUUGUAAGAGAAUAUUCAUAUAAAACCCAAACCCCCAAAAUAAAAACUCAAGUUAAACAAAA